CGCUACGCCUUCUGAAGUCAUCCGCUGUCUGUCAAACCUUCCUGUUCGUGUCCCCCUGUCCUCUGAACCUGCCCCGACCAUCACUACUGCAUCACUGACCCACCACAAGCCGUAAAGAUGGCGGCCCGGACCAUGCAAGCAGCACGAUGCCCGACAGAUGAGCUUUCGCUGACAAAUUGUGCCGUGGUCAGCGAGAAGGAUCUGCAGUCUGGACAACAUGUGACUGUGAAGACCACCCCCAACCACAAAUUUGUGUUCACCGUCAAGACCCACCACACUGUGACACCUGGUUCCAUUGCCUUCAGCCUGCCGCAGCGAAAAUGGGCCGGUCUCUCCAUUGGCCAGGAGGUGGAAGUGUCCAACUACAACUUUGACAAGUCCAAGCAGUGCAUCGGCGCCAUGACAAUCGAAAUUGACUUCCUGCAGAAGAAGAGUACCGAUUCCUCACCUUAUGACUCGGAUAAGAUGGCUGCGGAAUUCAUCCAGAAGUUCAACAGCCAGGGAUUUUCUGUCACGCAGCAGCUGGUGUUUAGUUUCUGUGACAAACUCUUUGGACUGGUCGUAAAGGACAUUGAGGCGAUGGAUGCCAGCAUCCUGAAAGGUGAAGCAGCCUCUGGAAAGAAACCACAGAAGAUUGAUGUUGGGCUGCUGGUGGGCAACAGCCAGGUGAUUUUUGAGAAGGCCGAGAGUUCAUCCUUGACACUUGUUGGUAAGGCAAAGACCAAGGAAGCACGUCAGACAAUCAUCAACCCAGACUGGAACUUUGAGAAAAUGGGCAUCGGAGGUCUGGAUAAGGAAUUCUCUGACAUCUUCCGGAGAGCUUUUGCUUCUCGAGUCUUCCCUCCAGACAUUGUGGAGCAGAUGGGUUGUAAGCAUGUGAAGGGCAUCUUGCUGUUUGGACCUCCAGGCUGUGGUAAAACCCUAAUGGCCAGGCAGAUUGGCAAAAUGCUUAACGCCCGCGAGCCAAAGAUCGUCAACGGUCCAGAAAUCCUCAACAAGUAUGUGGGCGAGUCAGAGGCCAACAUCCGCAAGUUGUUCGCUGAUGCAGAGGAUGAGCAGAAACGGCUGGGAGCCAACAGCGGCCUUCAUAUCAUCAUUUUCGAUGAGCUGGAUGCCAUUUGCAAGCAGAGAGGCACAGGUGCCAGCAGCACAGGAGUGCACGAUACUGUGGUCAACCAGCUUCUCUCCAAGAUUGAUGGUGUGGAGCAACUUAACAACAUCCUGGUCAUUGGGAUGACCAACAGGCCUGAUCUAAUUGACGACGCACUGAUGAGGCCUGGAAGGUUUGAGGUCAAGAUGGAAAUUGGUCUUCCUGAUGAGAAAGGUCGCGUUCAGAUUCUCACCAUUCACACUAACAAGAUGCGAAGCUUCAACCUGCUGGCUCAAGAUGUCAACAUACCAGAGCUGGCAUCUGAAACCAAGAACUACAGCGGUGCAGAGCUGGAAGGGCUGGUCAGGGCCGCGCAGUCCACUGCCAUGAACCGACACAUCAAGGCUACAUCUACAGUCGAGGUUGACAUGGAGAGGGCCGAGAAGCUGCAGGUCACCCGGGAUGACUUCAUGGGAUCCCUCAACAAUGACAUUAAACCGGCAUUUGGUACAAACCAGGAGGAUUAUUCUAGCUACAUCAUGAAUGGCAUCAUCAAAUGGGGUGACCCAGUUACACAUGUCCUCGAUGACGGAGAGCUCCUGGUACAGCAGACCAAGAACAGUGAUCGCACACCACUGGUGGCUGUGCUGCUGGAGGGUCCACCCCACAGUGGAAAAACUGCUUUGGCAGCCAAGAUUGCAGAGGACUCACAGUUCCCCUUCAUCAAGAUUUGUUCUCCGGACAAGAUGAUUGGACACUCCGAGAUUUCCAAGUGCCAGGCCAUCAAAAAGGUUUUUGAUGAUGCUUACAAAUCUCAGCUAAGCUGCGUGGUGGUCGACGACAUUGAACGUCUGCUUGACUACGUCCCCAUCGGACCGCGUUUCUCCAAUCUGGUUCUCCAGGCCCUGUUAGUGCUCCUGAAGAAAGCACCUCCCAAGGGUCGGAAGCUCCUCAUCAUUGGCACUACCAGCAGGAAGGACGUCCUCCAGGAGAUGGAGAUGUUGGACGCCUUCAGCACCACCAUCCACAUUCCAAACAUCUCUACUGGGGAGCAGCUUGUUGAUGCUUUAGAGCUGUUGGGGAGCUUCACAGACAAAGAGAGGGCUUGCAUCGCACAGCAGCUUAAAGGAAAGCGAGUUUGGAUCGGCAUCAAGAAACUCCUCGUGCUUAUCGAGAUGUCACUGCAGAUGGAUCAAGAUUACAGAGUGACCAAGUUCCUGUCUCUCCUGCGAGAUGAGGGGGCGUUGAAUGAUGGCAAUCAAAUCCGAAUUUAAGAUGUCCGUCAGUGAUACGCACUGUGUACUUACCGCGAUCGCAGCUUUUAUGAGUAGAGGAGCUUCAGAAAUCCAACAACUAUUCCAUCAUCAACAAGCCACAAAUAUGAUGCAGUGAGGAUGAGUGUAAGGGGAGAAGAGGAAGAAGAGCUCGUUAUCCGUCUGUCCACCAAGUCAUUCCUUCAUCCAUCUUUCUAAAUAUACAUAAGGUAAAAGACAGUAUACAAUCCCCCACUCUCUUUAUCUCAGCAUGUUUCUGUUUGCAAUAUGACUGUAUCACUGCUCAUGUGUCAUCCUGUCACCAAAGUAUAUUUGUCGACAUAUCACUGAAAUCUACGGGAAGUCGUAGUUAUUAAAUUGUUAUCUGUAAAGAUAUUGCAAUAGAUGAUUGUAAAAAAAAACAAAAAACAAAACAAAAAAAAGUGCUGUUUUGUGCAUCAUGCUAAAAAAAAAAAAAGCUAUGUUUUUAGCUUCUUGUGUAGGAUGUGCUGUAUUUGUUUUUGUCCUACUAAAUUAUAGUCAGUAUCAUAUGUACCUGCGUAAAGGAGGCAGUUCAAAGAGAAUGUUUCUAAAAUGGAGAUAAAUACAGUGCAGAUUAUUUGCUUUGUGGACUAUCAGAGGAUUGUUGUGACUAUUUACUGGCUAAGUAAAGUACUAAAGUACUUUGUUCCGUGUGUAAAUGUUAAGCCUUUAAGUCUCUGUAACCUGUCCACGGCUUCAGGUCAGGGUAAGACCAACUUAAGCCGAAAAUACAUAGUAUAUAUAAACACGGGCAGUUUACUGAGAAUCAUUUCAAUGAUCCAAGUUCUUUCCAGACUAUAUAGACAAGAUGUAUCAGUAUGAUUUGUUAUCCUUUAUUGUUCCAGAAAUUGUGACUUUAUCAGGUUGUAGUGGAAGUGAAUGUUGGAUUGUUGUCUGUUGUGUACAGUUUAAUAUAGUUUAGUAAAGCUAGUGUAGCUUUGGCAUUGUCAGUGUUCAAUAAAAAAUGAAAAAAAAUGCACUUUUAAGAUGGAUAACAACAACUGAACAAAAAAUAAUGACAAAAUACUAAUACUUAAUGGUUCUUCAUGGAAGCUUGCGCUUGUGUCUACUCGUGUGCAUGCGUUGGAUCCUAAACGCUGCAUGUGUAUACAUAUUAAGGUGUAUACGUACACAUUGAGGCUACAUUGUACGUGGAACACAAAUGAUGAAGCACUCAAUAUUUUGUUGAACAACCUUUUGAGGCACUCAUUUUUUGACUCUAGGCGGCCCAUUUAACUCCAGAAUGCAGAGAUUGAGGACACCGUUGUAUUAUUUUUUUCCUGUGCGGCUUGUACAAAGAAUAAAAAUUUUAAAAAAUAAAUAACGACAGUGAGGUUAUUUUCCAGGGCUGCUCUGCCACAUCCAGUACGGCCUGCUUUGAAUCUGUGCGGGGUACAAUGAAAUCUAAAGAUCUCCAAGACAUUCUGGGAACAAAUGUGCUGCUCAGGCUCAGAAGAGUGACUGCAUGUGGUUGUGAAGCAAAAUAUGAAGUUAAACAUGCCAUCACCUUAAUCCAGGUUAGAUCUAUUAUGGUAGUUUAUUUUAAUAACUCUGUUGGACCAGAAAAAAAAACAUUGUGAUUAUUUGCUAUUACGUUUUUUUUUUUUUUUUACCAUUGUGGGUUUUCUUUUGUAAGUGAAAGGGUAACCAAAAUUUACUGAUGCUAGUUGUGUAUGUCCGAUCGAUCAACAAAUCAGUGUAUUUAUUUUUUUUUCAUUUUGAAUUGUGUUUAUUACUUAAUGUUCAAAGUUAUUGUUUUGUUCUGACCAUUGAUGAUGUGUGAAUUGGUGUGUGUGUACGCGUGUGUGUGUGAGUGUGUGUGUGUGUAAAUAUAUAUUUCCAGAUGUAUUAUUGCAAUAAAAAGCACUGAUGCACAGAAAAAAACA